GCCACAGUGAACGUUAUAACGUCAAAACUCGGAAGCUUAGAAGAUGCCUUAUACAAUGAAUACAGCAAGGAAUCUUUGAAACAGCUUUUGAAAAAUAAAGCAAGUGUCAAAACAAUUCUACCUCUUCUUCGUGUUUCAUCAAUGGCGAUAUAUCUCAGGUUGUGCAUCACAAGUUUCACAAUCUUCUUAUGCCUCAUAUCUCCGUCUUCAAGCCAGAAAGUCACACUAAGUCUAUACUACGAAGCUCUGUGCCCCUACUGUGCAGAGUUCAUUGUUAACCACUUGACUAAGAUCUUCGAAAGCGGCUUAAUCUCAGCCAUUGAUCUCCAGCUCGUCCCAUGGGGAAACGCAGUGAUAAGACCAGAUGGCAGCAUUCUCUGCCAGCACGGAGAAGCUGAGUGUGCGCUCAACGCAAUUCACGCCUGUGCAAUAAGCGCAUACCCUGAUGUGAUGAAGCAUUUUGGGUACAUCUACUGUACGGAACGACUGGUCUUGGAAAACAAGCUCGAAAAAUGGGCCGACUGUUUUGAAAUGGCUGGACUGAGCAGAGCAGCGCUUGAUUGUUACAUCAAUGGGUACGGAAACCAGCUUGAACUGAGGUAUGCUGAAGAAACCUCGGAACUUUAUCCAGCACAUAAAUUCGUGCCAUGGGUGGUUGUAAACAAUAUCCAACCACUUGAGGAGAAGUACCAGAACUUUGUAAUGUAUGUAUGCAAGGCUUUUGGAAGCAACCAGGUGCCAGAAGCGUGCAACCAUUCGGUGGAGACACUAAGCAGGUUCAACGACACUUCAGUGGAGAAGCUAAGUUAUAGUCACCAAGUUUGCUAUUCCAACCAG